AGAAAACAAAAAGUAGUGAAAUUAAAUGUUUCAAAUGUUCGGGAAGAGGUCACAUAGCUUCUGAAUGUCCAACUAAGAAGACCAUGUUGCUUAAGGAGAAUGGAGAUAUUUCUAGCGAGUCAUCUUAUGAAUCUGCUACAUCUAGCGAUGAAGAGAAUGAGGAAGAAGUUGCUGAGGGAGGAGACUUGUUUAUGGUUAGAAGAAUGUUGGGCAGCCAAUCAAGAGACUUGAAUGAAACACAAAGGAAGAAUAUUUUUCAUACUCGAUGUCUCAUCCAAGGUAAGUUAUGUUCUUUAAUUAUAGAUGGAGGAAGCUGCACUAAUGUUGCAAGUGCAAGAAUGGUAGCAAAAAUGAACCUAGUGACUAAACCCCAUCCAGAACCAUACAAACUUCAAUGGCUUAGUGAGGAAGGCGAGCAAAUUGUGAGUGAGCAGGUGGAAGUGAAUUUUUCUAUUGGGAGGUAUGAGGAUACAGUUAUAUGUGAUGUAGUUCCGAUGGAGGCUUGUCAUUUACUUCUUGGAAGGCCAUGGCAGUAUGAUAAGAAAAGCAACCAUGAUGGUUAUACAAAUAAGUUCUCUUUUAUACAUAAAGAACGCAAAAUUACUCUUGCUCCUUUGUCUCCAAGAGAGGAA